GUCAUUUGUAAGCUGUUGUUUGGUUUACUUCCGGAAUUUUACGACCACAGAAAAAAAUAUCGAUUGUUCGCAGUUAUCGCUGACACUUUCCACAACAAACUUUGCAAUAUUGGGAGCAAGGUUUACAUAUGAUAUGCAACGGAUGAAGCAAACUUUAAAAAAUAGUCGGACUUCAGUCCACUUUCGGCAUGGUUGAAAACGUGAAGUUAAAACUAGGCAGAUAUAUUUAAUGUUUACCAAUUUUAUUAGCGAUUAAAUUAUGGCUGAAAAACGAAGAUCUGCAACAAGUUCGCCAAUGAAAAGUGGCACUUCAAUUAAAAGUGAAGAUUCACAGACGUAUGAUCUGCUACAGCAUGUUUUUUCAGAGAUGACUUUGUCAGAAGAAGCAAGUGCUAAACCCAGACAGAGCUUGGAACUGGAGAAUCUUCAAUCAAAUAUGGAUGAGAUGAUUACCGAGGUCGUAGAAAAAUCAUCUUCCACAUCGAAGAAGAAAAAUAUACUGGCCCCUUUAGAUGGAAGAAUUGGGCCGUUAGAAGUUGUAUUCGAUCAGAAGUCAAUUGUCGGCACAAUGGGUCUACGUUUAGAGUCGGAUCAACUGGCAGUAACAAGUCACAGUAAUUUCAGCACAGUCAGGGCGAACUGCUGCGUAUAUAGAGGGAAGUGGAUGUAUGAGGUCAUGCUGUGGUCUAAGGGUGUGAUGCAGCUAGGCUGGUGUACAAUAAAAUGCAAGUUCUCAUUUGAAGAAGGCGUAGGCGAUACACAGGAUUCGUACUCCUAUGAUGGAAGCCGACUCCGGAAGUGGAACAUCAGGACCCAGAAAUAUGGAGAGGCUUGGUUGGCUGGGGAUGUGAUCACGUGUGCGCUGGACUGCGAUAACAAAACCAUGACAUUCUACAGAAAUGGAAAAUCGAUGGGGGAAGCUUUUACAAACGUAAAAACAGGAAGUGGAUAUGCCUAUUUCCCAGCAGUCAGUUUGUCCAGAAAUGAACAUCUUCGAGCCAACUUUGGAGCCACGCCCCUGCGUUAUCCUAUUGAGGGCUAUGCGCCACUUCAAGCAGUACCGCAGGAGGAUGUAUUCAAGGGCCAGCUUCUGAUUGGAUGGCAGGAGAAACUAGUCAAUACUUUGGUGCAAGAGGAUAAGCAUUUAAUGGAUGUCUGUGGGAUCGUACAAGAUGGCUCCAACAUCCCCCCUCUGCCUUUAGGAGAAAAUCGAAGCAAGAAGUCAACAGCCAUCCUGAUCUCAGCUCAUAUAUUUGAUAAACUUGCUCCUCUGUUGAAGGGUCCCUAUGUUGUGGAAUGUUGUUUGCUUCCACUGAUGUUAAAGUUUUGUGCCAUGACUUCAGACACCAGCAGAAAUAACCCCCAGAUCAUCAAGCUCCUAGAUCUCAUGUGGUCUCUGAUGCAGGAUCAUGAGAUAAAGCCGUGCAUAGACAACAUGAUGACCUCAUUAUUGUAUAACUUCUACAAGACGUCUCCAUGUACUUCAGAUUUCUCAUCACAGAAAACGUACCUGGAUUUGACUCUGAGAGUUUUACAACACGCACAGACCAGGAGAUACCUCCUUUUUAACGUUUUAUUUGAUAAGAUUAAGUUCCCGGUGUUUAUGCAUGUGAAGCCUCCAGAUGAUGCAGGACUAGAAGAUCUGGUGCCCACUGUCUGGUGGGCCACCCUAGAAAAUGAUGAAGAAAAUCCCUUGCCCCCAUCCACUGACUCCGAGAGAGACCUUCAGCGUCGAUACAAAAGUUACUGUCAAGAUCUCAGGGUGAAGGUCGAAGAACUGGAAGACGUUCAGAUUGAAAUUCUCAAAGUGCUGCUUACUCAUUCAGACCCAGUUGAAAAAAAGACGUCUCGCAUGAUCUUUAUAGAAAAACUGAGAGCCUACCUGAAAAGCAACAACAGACUUGGAAAGCUUCAACAAGUGACCACCUGUCCUCUGAGUUUUUUCCACCGUCUCGUACAAGCUCUCCGCUUCUAUUGGGAUGACUUUCAGAGGGAGGAUCCGUCCAGAUUUGUCACCAGCCAAGAGUCUUUCAUGCCUAUCCACGAAUUUUGGAUGGAUUCCAGAGAACUGAUUGACUUCCAGAGGUGUGGGGGCCUGGUAUCUCAUCUCAACAGGGUCCUGGGAGGUGAGGUGAAUAAAUGUCAGGGACUUCAGAUCGAUAAAGACGGGAAACCUGUCAGAAAUCCAGACAGCAGCACGGAUUACCCCCCUCUGGAGAUGCCCAGUGGGAACUCUUUGAUGGACUUGCUGGAUGUUAUAGUCUUACUUUAUCGUCUGUCCUCACAUGCACAGAUCUCCAAGAUGUGUUCACUCAGGGAUAAUCUCAAAGAAUUUGUGACGUCGCUACGGGACACAGAGAUGAAGUUAGACCUGUGUCCUGAGGAUAGAACAGACAUGAAACUGGAGCUGGAGCGAGCGUUAAAAGUAUUCCAAGAAAAGUACGAGGAACUGGCCCGACAGAUGGCGUGGCUGAUCUCAGUUGUGUAUUCUCCUAGGAAACAGGAGGAUGUGGGCUGGUUGUUGGGGGUGGCACUAAGAACAGUAGAGAAGGCCUCCAGCUACGGUCAGCUGUUCCAGUACACCCCCGAGUUUUAUGUGGAGAGUGUCAUUAGAGCUACCUAUGCCCUUCACAGAUACUUCCACCCCAUUGUCAACAUUGAGGAGUUAAAGGGUUACGACGAAAUGAGGAAAAAAUUUGCCCUGUUUUUGGUGCGACAUUUUGCUGAUGCCAGGAUUGUCAACACAGAUCUGAGAGACAACAUUGUGCAAGCUUUGGCUUGUUUUAUUUGUUAUCCUAAGUCCCUGAAAGCUUUAGAAGGUCUACCACAACAAAUCAAAGAGAGUAUGAUGAAAUCUUUGAUUGCGCCCUAUGAGAGUAGAUCCUGGGCCCAGACAAACUGGAUUCUGGUUCGCAUUUGGAAGGGCUGUGGUUUUGGAUUCCGGUACACACAUCUUUCUCAUCUUGUUCCGUCCAAAGUUCAACCAACUGAGUUUGGCUCAGCUAGCCUUCAAGAGCCGUGUCCCUCUAUAGUCCUUCAGAAUAUCUUCAGAAAAAUGUUACUGACCGAACAGGAGGCUUCAACUCGGUUUUUGGACACAUUGAUUAAUCAACUCAAUUGGUCAUUUUCAGAGUUUAUUGGGCUGAUGCAAGAGAUUCAGCAGCAAGUUUCGAGAACCGAACUGCGGAUUUUGGAGGCGCGGACUCUGAAGAUUUGUGCCACAUGUUUCGAGAUUGCCGUCUGUCUGAUGAGGGUUCUGGAGAUGAUCGUCUGUGUUGCACCGGAGACGGUAUUAGACUUCUCCAGACAGUCCUCUGAGCUCCUGCUGGGAAGACUAAUGCAGCUCCUGUGUCAUGUCUUGAACCGAGUGACGAGUAGGAGUGGGGUGUUUUCCACGGUCAUCAGUCACUCUAUCCAGGGACUGGAGGGUGUGUCUUACUACCCUAUACUGGCGGUUACCAUCGGCGUACUCCAUCAGCUAGUGAUGAAGUCCACGGAGAAAAGCCAGAAGAAGGUGCUAUCCUGUCUGCUGUCGGACCCGGCCUUCCAGAUUCCCACAUUGGAAUUUACCCUGGGGGUUCCCCUCCCACAGACGUCGGCCAGCAGUACACCAAAGGGGAAAAAAGGCAAAGAGAAGAUCUUCAAUUUUGAAACAUGUGAAGAAAUGAACGAAAGUGAGACUCAGGCAGUGAGAGAUUUAAUUAGCUUUAUUAAAGAGAAGCAAGAGAACUUCCAGGAGGUGCACGAGAACAUAAAAGAGGAGGACCUCUGUACGAUAUGCUAUGCUAACUCUAUCUCAGCAGUGUUUAAACCGUGUGGCCAUCAAUCUUGCAGAACCUGCAUCAGUCAUCAGAUGAUGGGGAAGAAGGAGUGUUUCUUCUGUAAAGUAAUUAUUACUGCUGUGGAUGACCUUCAGGGUCAACAAAUCCUGACCAAUAGCACGCCAGGAUCUCAAUCCAAUCAAAUCUGAAGGAAGGGAGAUAACUCUGCUGUGUUCUACAAAUACUACUGCCAGUUGUCAUAUUGUGUAUUUCAGUAGCGUUCUUUAAUAUGUCUUGUUUACGUUGAUUGUUCUGUGGAAUAUUUUUUUAAAAAACUUUGAGCGUUGUGAAUCAUGUGAUGGAAAGUCUAAUAGUCAAUGAAAUUUGAAAUAUACAUGUGGUUAUCGAUUUUCAAUGUUCAUGAAAAAAAUAAAUUUGAAAAUACAUAACCAACUCCAAAAUCCAAUUGGAAAAAAAAAUUUCACUUUCGUAGGUAGAUUUUGGUAAUUUAUUCAAUAUUAUACAUGAGUUGGUGAUGUUUGAGGUAGAAAAAGGAUUUUUUGAAAAUAAAAAUUUUCACAUGUACAUAACUGUUUUUGUGAAGGAGUUGGUUGGUGUGUGCACGACUAAAGACAAUUCAGGUACUUGUUGAUUUAACUAAGAAUUAUGCAUCUUGAAUGUACCUCAUGACUUACUUUAAUAAUUAUCAAUCUUUUGUUAACUGAUAUGGAUUACAAAUGUGUUAUUUGGAAUGUGUCUUUUGAAUGACCAUAUGAUAUGUUAAAAGAAAUGAUAUAUAAUAUGAAUAAUGUGAAAAGUGCCUUUUUGUGCUAGAAUAUAGCUGUGAUAUAUUUGAAAAAUUGGUGCAUAUUAUGUUUGGGCACUUUAAGAAAUCGUUUUAUUAGCUGGUUCAUUAUUAUUUUUAAUACCGGUUAUUUGUUCUUGUUUGUUAAUGUUAGAAUAUAUAAAUAAUGUAAUUAAAAGAUUGCAGACAGAAAAGGAAGUAGUGUGUUGAAUAAAUGCCAGUCCCUUUGUGUACAGGGUAAAAUGUUGUUAAAUGCACGGUGUGUAAAUGAUUUGACUGUUACUAUUCAGAUUUCUUUUAUAGGUGCAACCAGCAUGUUGUACUGAUUAUUUACUUUUUAAUUAGAGGGAGAAUCCUUUUUUUUUCAGAUAAACAUCUGUACUUGCAGUUAACUUUGGUUGCUGUGUCUAUGUUUGUAGCAUAAAACAGAUAAUUUUUAAAUUCACCUGAAUGGAAAGCUCAGGAGAUCAAGCUUAACAUUUUCAGAUCAAAGUUGAUCAACUUUUCACAUUUUUGACUUCUAAUGAAUUUGCUGCAGAAUUACUCCACUCCUCUGUGAUUUUGCAAUAUCAUGGUAACAAAGUAGAAAAACUAUUAAUAUCCACUUAAUAUAGUUUAAUUAAUCAAUAACCAAAGAAAGAGAAUGUGUUGCCUCCUUUUUAAAGAUGUCAGACAUUGAUUAUUUAUUGAUAACAAACUUUUUCAGUAUCAAGUAGUUUACUAGAUGUUUUACUGUACCCUAUGAAUAAAAUUCCUACAAAAUAUAAACUUUUGUAAAAGUGAGACAUGUAUUUAUUGUGUGUAUUUUGAGUAUGGCCUACAAUGUAACAUUAGAUUGAGCAAACAAAAUUUUGUCAAGUAUGCAUUGAAUUUCUGGAGGUCAGAAGUGAACAUGGCAAUUUUUACACCCUCUAUUUCUGGUAUAAAGUAGAAAAAAAUCUGGUAAAUAUGUCCCCAACUACAGACUGUCCAGUGGCCCUAAAAUUCCUUAACAAUCCAAUUUUUUUUUUAGUUUUGCUAGAAUUCCUUAAAAAAUGUUAAAUUCAAGGGGAAAUUCCCCCCCCCCCCCCAAGCCCUAAUUUUCCCUGUGAGUUCCUAUUUUUAAAAAAAUAUAUUUCUAUUCCAGCAAUUUUCAACAUGCAGUCAAACUAAAUUUGACCAUUGAAUACAUAUGUCAAGCUGUUUAUUGCCUGUGACAAAGACUUAAGGUUUUAGACAAUAAUAGCUGGAAGACACCAUUCCUACACGGAGAGUAUUUUUUGUGAGUUUAUUGUCAAAAUUGCAAAAGUAAGACCAUUUAAAUGUCAAAAACUGCCCUAAUUUAUUUAAUUUUAGCCCCAAAUUUUUCGUAGUUUUAGCCGUAAAAUUAGCCCUUAUUUCUUGUCGGAGAGUGCUGGACAUCCUGCAACUAUCAUGUUUCAUACAGGUCCACAAUAUUUUAAGAUGAGGUAGCGAUAUAUGUAAUCAUAUACACCAAAAAUUACAGCAUUACACCAACGACGUAACAUAUUUAUAUCGUACUUUACGCACAAAAUUUUAUAAUACUCUUACUUCAUCUUGGGGGAAUUGAAAUAAUUGGGUCAGUGAUUACAUCACUUUGUGAUGAUUGAAUGCAGUUGCAUUAUACAUGCAACAUGUUUUAUUCUUCCGUUCUUGGAAGGCUAUUGUGCUUUACAUUAGAUGGUAAUUUUGCCUAUCUAACAAAGACCUAAGAUUGGCAUUGUUGUUUCACUUUCUUUAUGUAUAACAUUGAUGCAGUUAUUUGUGUCAUAUGAUUAUCUAUGAAGUAGUUCCUCAGGAACUUUGCUGUACAACGAAUUUCAUUUUCUGAGAAAAAUGCAUUGUACUAUAAAGUCAUUCAUUUUUGUGGAGAUUUAAUUUUCGUUGUUUUCAUGUUAUAUACACAUGAAUACCCUUUCUAUUUAGUUGUCACCUGAAUGCAGAGUAUUUGAAAUCUUAUUGUUGCUUGGCCGACAAUUGAAUAAAUUUAUCAGUUUGAACAGUAAACUGUACCAACACCUCUCACUGGUAACCAAAGAAAUAUAAGGGGGGGGGGGGGGGGAUUCAGACUGACACUUUUUAAAUAUCUGUAAAUGUGAAAUAUUUUCAGUAAAUUUGACUCCUUUGUAUCGGGCAUUACACAGAAUGUUUUCAGUGCCACAAAUUUAGGAAUUCAAUUGGCCAUGAAAAAUAUAAGAAACUGGGACUGCAAUAAGAAAUGGCAAUUCUUCACAAAAUCGAAGCCGCACAUGCAUGAUUUUUCUUAGACCAUGAAAAUAUCUGAUUCAGCAGUAAAAGAAUUCUACACUGUAGAAGUUAUUUUCUUGAGCAUCUUUUAUUGUGUCCCAUUUGUCUGUAUAUUCUUCCUGUUUUCGGAACAGAGACAUUGUACUUUUCACUGUAAUGAAGUUAUAUGUAUAAAUGGCAAAUUUCUUUACACGUGUAUUUGAUGCCAAAUUUAUUUAUUAUUAAAUAUAAAAUGAUUGUACAUGAUUGUUUGAGAGGAAUGUUUUCAUAAUCAGUUUUAAUAUGUAUUAAAUUUUCUGUUGAUUUUCUUUGUUGACAAUUCAAAGAGAUAGAGCUUUGUAAUAUUUUGUUUUAAAAAUCCGUCAAUACCAAAUUCUCAAAUACAAUAUAACAUGCUUA